GGGCGAUGCUGGCGGCGCUGGCCGCCGCCUGGUCCCUGCUGGCUGCCGCCUUCCUGGCGGCGCUGCUGCUGCUCCGGUGGGCCCCGGCGCCGCGGCCCGGUGGCGUUGGCCUGGUGAUCUCCGGCCUCUUCCAGGACCUCAUUCGCUACGGGAAGACGAAGCGCGGGUGCGGGCAGCUCCCGGGCUGGCUGCGGCUCCUCCAGGUGCCCAAGAGGUGGUUUACUCACUUUUAUGUGGUUUCUGUGCUCUGGAAUGGUUUUCUGCUGAUCUGGCUUUUCCGAGCUGAGUUCCUUGGAGAGUCAUUCCCAUCAUGGAUUCAGGACAUGCACCAUGCUCUUGGCAGAGAUUCUCAGAGCGAGGACAUGGAUAGUGAGCACUUCUCUGCGCUCCUGGUUCUCUUGCUCCUUUGGCUGCAUAGCUGUCGAAGACUUGCAGAAUGCCUCUGGACCAGCGUGUUUUCCAGUGGUGUCAUUCAUAUUGUGCAGUAUUGCUUUGGACUUGGUUACUACAUUGCUGUUGGCUCAACUGUGCUGUGUCAAGUGCCUACUAAUGUCAGGAAUGGAAAAGAGCUUUCUGUGCAGAUCUGCUGGUAUCACAUUAUAGGAGUUAUCAUGUACAUUUGGGCUUCUCUUCACCAACACAGAUGUCUUGCAAUUCUAGCUAAUCUUAGGAAAAGCAGAUCAGGAAAGGUCGUAAGUCUGAGCCACAGUGUACCUUUUGGAGACUGGUUUGAGAGUGUUUCCUGCCCUCAUUAUUUUGCAGAGCUUCUCAUAUAUGUUUCUAUGGCCAUCACACUUGGAAUUCGCAAUGUGACGUGGUGGUGUGUAGUGAUGUAUGUUCUUUUUAACCAGGCACUGGCCGCUGUUUUGUGUCAUGAGUUUUAUCAGAAAAGCUUUAGCUCCUAUCCAAAGCAUCGGAAAGCAUUUAUACCAUUUGUGUUUUAGAGAAUUUUUUUCUAAAGUAUCUCUAGUGCAAACUGGGAAUAUAAGAGAUUAAUGGUUUAUUACAACCAAGGUAAAGUUGCACACUUUCUCCAGUUCUACCUCAAUAGGUCAUAAUUUUAAUGAUAAUCUCAUCCAUGUAACCAGUUUGUGAGGAAAUGUAAGAUCUCUGCAUAUCAUACAAUAUAAAAAAGGUUUACUGAAGACCUUAAUUCAAAGUGGAGAGAUGCUAAUCAUGUCUUUUCUCUUUUAUAUCUUAUGCAUAAAACACUUGCUGUUGUGCAGCAAGUCCAAAUACAUAUAUGUGAAGACCAUUGAAAGGAGGGAAUCAUUUGAACUACUGUAUUUCAUGUCUUGACUAAUAUUUAAGCAUAUUUCUUUCCAAGUCUUUUCUUUGAAUCACUUCAGAGGGAGGCAAAUCGUGUAUCUUUCUGUGCUUCCCUGCUGACAAUGGAAACCAGCCACUGCUUUACAACUGUAAACACAAAAAGCAAUGGAAAAAGCUGUGGUGGAGGAAUGACUCAUGCUCAGCAGUGGAAAUAAACAUACCCAUUCGCUGCAUUUUCUCUCCUGCUCCAAAGUGUUUUCAUUCAUUGAUGAAGACUGUUUUAUCCCUAAAGUGGGGAAAAUAGUGGGAGGUUCUCUGACUAAAAAGACAGUAGAAGAGAAUUGGCAGAAAAUUAAUGUUCUUGGUUGUGGUUCUGUUGUCUUUAUAGUGGGUUAUUUGAGUCCCUCGUGUGUUAGAGGGGACAGCUGUGCAGGAUGACCAUGACCACAACUACACUGGUUUUUAAACAGAUAUAAUGAACUGCUAAGGCAGACACCACACAGAAACCAGUACCUGACAAGCAUUGCAAAGAAAUUCUUUACUGGGGAGGUGAUGUCACUCAGCACAGGGACUUUUUUUUGCACUUAACUACUGAAUAUUUUGGUCAUUCUCAUGAUACUGGUGUGAAUGAUCAGUCUGUGUGAUGAAGUAUAUGGGUGCUGGUGUUUCAGCAUGUUGUCUAUUUACAUGCACUAUUUUGUAUAUAAAAGAAGUAUUUUUAUACACUGAAAUAUAUCUUAUGAAUUGCCUAAUUAAAAGCUUAUUACACUCUA